ACAUUUUACAUCAGGCUCUUAUUUCUCCAUAUCUACAAGCUGAUGCGUCUUCCAGAUCUUAAAACCUCAAACAACAGAAAAUCCCACCAUGAUCUCGGAACUUCAACCAUUCACCACCACACCACCUGCAAAUAAAAAUCACAGCACACCAUGAUCAAAUCGUCUCAUGAUUUGAAGGUGGUAAGAAGAAGGUACUAAAAAAGAAAUUGGGACGUACCAUUGGGGUGAAGGACCUGGCCGGUGAUGUAAGACGAGCAAUGGUUGCAGGCGAGGAAAACAUACGACGGCGCCACUUCAACCGGCUGCCCGGCUCUCUGCAUCGGCACCUGCUUCCCAAAGCUCGUCACUUUCUCCUCCCGGAACGACGCCGGGAUCAACGGAGUCCAAAUCGGACCUGGGGCAACGCCGUUGACUCGGAUCCCUUUCUGCACCAGCUGCAGCGCCAGCCCGCGGGUGAACGCCACGAUCGCGCCCUUCGUGGCCGUGUAGUCCAGCAGCUCGGCGUUGCCCUUGUACGCGUUGAUCGACGUGGUGUUGAUUAUCGCGCUCCCUUCCUUCAUGUGCUGCAGAGCGUGCCUGUGAGGGGAAUGAAAAUUGAGCAAAAGAGGGUCAGGAAACCAUGCCGACAAUGUGUUUGACGAAAUGUCUCAGAGAAGAAGGCAUGGAUUUUGAUUAGUUAUUAUUUACCUGGUCAUGAAGAAGUAGGAGAAGAUGUUGGUACGGAACACGCGUUCGAGCCUCGGCUCGUCGAUUUCCUCGACGGUGCUCGACUCGUACUGCUCGGCGGCGUUGUUGACGAGGAUGUCGAUCCUGCCGUAUGCGUUGGCGACCUGGUCGACGGCUCUCCUGCAGUUCUCGUCGAAUCCCAAGUCGCCAGGGAUGGCGAUGGGUUCCUUGGCGUCGGGGGUUUUGGCCUUCUUCAGCAGCUGGAGGACGUCUGCUGCGUCCUUGUCUUCUUUGCCCUUCACGUACGUGAAGGCAACUGUGGCGCCUUCCAGGGCGAAGGAGUGGCAGACUGCUCGCCCGAUUCCCGAGUCUCCUCCCGUCACCAGCGCCACUUUCCCCUGCAGUGAAGAAGGGGUAGAAUUAACCUGAAGCUUAUUGGAGGGCUUGUAAUCAGGGCUGGAGAACUGAGGGGUGGGGUCCAUAACAUGUUCUUUCCCAGGCUGAUCCUUCUGCUGCUGAGGAGGAAAGGUCCGAUCGCUGCCACCUGAAGCCAUUCUCACAGUCUGACACGAGUUGGAGCUUCUCUGCGAAGGGAAUGAUAGAGCCGGGAGUAGUGCUGGUUUGUGGUAACUUCUGAACAAUGGGAUGACAGAUCGAGACGUGGAGAUCGACGACGUUAACUUCCUAGACAGCAACAUGCCCUUUUUGUAGCUGAUUAAGCGAGGAAGAAGGGCAUUCUCUCUUUAAAGGGAAAGGCAGGGACGACACGUGGAGAUGUAGGUGGCAGGAAGCUGGAGUGUCUAAGUGGUGAAACAGUCGCAUUCAGCGACACGUCUGUGGAAACAGGACGAUGUUCUUAGAUGUUCUCUCUCGUUUGAGAUCAGAUCAAGAUGGACUCUUCUGUUGGAUACUGAAAUGUGGAAGCUACUUGGGUUUUUGUACAUCUGUCAAUUUAGUGGCAAAAGACUAAGGGCACUUCCAUGGCUAGUUACAGAAGAUCAACCUUCUUAUUCUGGUUCCUCCUUCAAGCCUUCCUCUUGCUGUCUUUCACUGUUGUCCAAUCUAAGGAUGACGACGAGAACAAUCUUCUCCAAGGGCUGAACAGCUACAGGCAGUCUCAGAACCUCCCGAUCCUGGCAAAGAACGACAAGGCAGGGUGUUUGGCUGACAAGAUAGCCGAGAAGCUAGAAGACCAGCCCUGCCCCGCGGGGAGAAGUAUUGCAGUUGCCCAGCUCAGCAACUAUGCCGACUCGAUGGACAAGUGUGGCAUUGGGAUGAACAACACGAGGGAGGGUGUAGUGCUGCCGGUCUGUGUCAGUAAGCUGGUGCCGACCCUCGUCCUGACGAACUACACUCAGACCCAAUUCGCGAGGUACAUCAACGACACGCGGUUUGUCGGCGCGGGGCUCGGUUCGGAGGACGACUGGAUGGUGGUUGUGCUUAGUACUGGGACUCCAGGCGGGAGCUUUGCCCGAGCUCACCGUUCGAUCCCGACGGCAGGGUUCACUGGGCUGUCGUUGUUGGUUGGAAUGCUGCUUUUGUUGUUUGUUUGAGGGGGAAAUGGGGAGGCGGCGUGAUUUUUGAAGUUGCAGGGUAUGUGUUUUAGAAGAUGUGGCUGGCCUGAAUGUAAAAGUAGUGGUGAAUGUAAUGCUUAAUUAGUGUAUGGUUGUAGGGUGUGGACUCAAGACUGAGAUUUAAGAAGUAUUGAAAAUGGUGAACCUGUUUAUGUACCAUCUUAGCUUGUCAUGAUUGGCAGUUUUAUAUGUACCAUCUUAACCUUAAAAUUGCUGAUGU